AUGACCGCUCUCCUGGCAGUCGUCCAGAAGCUCGAGGUCUUGGAAGAGAAGAUCGACGACAUCCCCGUGGCUGUCAGAGAAUCGCGCUUUCAGGACUUCAUCUAUGAGUUUGAGAAGCUGUCGCUGGCGCUCAUGGACCUCUUCAAGCAGGUCGAGGAUUUCUCAGCCAAGAGGCGUGCGGAUCUGGAGCACAUGAAGACUACCCAACUCUCCUACCAGUCUUGCGGUAGCCAAAUCGAAGAUGUGAUCCAGGCAACAAAGGCGGUGAAGGAGUCCUCUGCUCAAGCCGUGGCGCUGCUUCAGAAAUCGUUCAAAGAGGCCGUUCUGCGGUUCGCAGAAAUCACGAUCCUGGCCGUGGACAGUGGCUUCUCGAAGAUGCACUUCGAUGCAUUGGCAGAGCAGAUCGCCGAGGACCUGCGAGCAAACGAGUCCGAAAAGGACCUCUUCCUGAGUCAUGAGAGCCUCAGUAGGAGUCUGAAAAGUGUCAUUGUGGCAGAUCAGGAGGCUCGAUGGGGCUUCGAGUUUUGGUGUCUAAGGCGUGCAGACUGGAUGUCUGAUAAGUCCGGUUCGGAUGGCCGACACCCUUUGCGGCAGGUAUCGGGCAAGUAUCUGUUCACACCCGUCGCAGCCGACAUGCUUUUGGACUGGGCAAAGGCAGCGCUGGACGAUGUCCCACUCAAGUUCUCAAUCAGUCUCAAGGAUCUCUACAUGCAGAUCUCCUACAUGCAUCGCAAGUUCGCAUCCUGGGGCUUGCAGUCGCCGGACGAGCAGAAGCAGUUCGACGCUGACUGGGAAAGGAUGGCCUUCGACUUCGAGAACAUUCGCAAGAGCUAUGCGAUGGUGGAUUCCACGGAACGCGCCGUCGUGGGAAAGUUGCAGCUCUCCAGCCGGCUAUUGGAU